AUGUCGAUGACUAUGACUCUAGAGGAGAUUGAGCUCACAACUAUCCAGGAGGAUAGAGUGCCCGAUGCAGCCAAGACGACGGUAUCCCUGAACGCUCAAUCGAACCCCAACGGUGACAGAGUCGGAUCCGGCCAGCUCCCUCCAAUCUCUGCCGAUGGGCAGAAUGAAGCAGUCGAGGGUGGUAGAAUUCGAAUCGUCGCUUUGAUGACUGCCCUCUGCUUAUCCCUCUUCAUCGCCGCCCUCGACCAAACAAUCGUCGCAACCUCCCUCCCAAUAAUCGCAUCGCGCCUCAACUCUGCAAGUGGCUACACCUGGGUGGGAGGCGCAUACCUGCUAGCCAGUGCAGCCGCAGCUCCAAUCUGGACCAAGGCGUCGGAUAUCUGGGGCCGCAAGCCAAUUCUACUCGCGGCCGUGCUGUUGUUCUUCCUUAGCUCCAUUGUUUGUGCCGCAGCGGUGGAUAUGAACAUGCUCAUUGCGGGGAGAGCGGUGCAGGGGACUGCCGGGGGUGGGCUGCUGCAGCUUGUUAUGGUUGUUGUUUCGGAUUUGUUUAGUGUGCGAGAAAGAGGCCUUUAUAUGGGCAUCCUCGAAUUCAUGUGGACAAUCUCUGGCGGCCUGGGCCCCAUCCUCGGCGGUGUCUUCUCCGAAUACGUCUCGUGGCGCUGGAACUUUUGGAUCAACCUCCCCAUCUGCGCAAUCGCAUUUGUCCUCCUCUUUUUCUAUCUCGACGUCCAUAACCCACGAACCCCCAUGAUCGACGGUCUCAAGGCAAUCGACUGGCUGGGCAGCGCGUCCAUCUUGGGCUUCACGCUAAUGGUCCUGCUGGGUCUGAAUUUCGGCGGGGAAGUCUUCCCCUGGGAUUCGGCGAAUGUCAUCUGUCUCCUUGUCUUUGGGUCACUGUGUAUAGGGCUGUUCUACUAUGGGGAGAAGUACGUGGCUAAAUAUCCGCUCAUGCCUCUUGAGCUAUUGAAAGACCGCUCGGUUGUUGCAACCCUACUCGUCACUCUAUUCCACGGCGCAGUCUUCAUCGCCUGCGAAUACUACCUCCCCCUCUACUUCCAAUCCGCCCAACGGGCCUCCCCGAUGCACUCAGGCCUACUCAUCCUCCCUUUCGUGGUCGCCGAGGGCAUCUUCAGUGGGAUCUCCGGCUAUCUCAUCCACCGAACGGGGAGAUACCUCGGGCAAAUCUGGAUCGGCACUGCACUGCUCUGUCUGGGGACUGGACUAUUCAUCCGACUGGACCCGCAUUCCUCGCUCGCGGAGUUGGUAGCCCUGCAGGUCCUUGCGGGCGCCGGGUCCGCGCUUCUGUUUGCGCCGCCGCUGAUUGCGCUGCAGGCGAUGGUCAGGCAGGAGGAUACGGCGAGCGCCACGGGGAUGUUGGGGUUUGUUCGGACGCUUGCCAUGUCCGUUUCCAUUGUUGUUGGGGGUGUGGUCUUUCAUAACAGCAUGGCGCGAGAGCGAGGCGCGUUGCAACGCGCUGGGAUCGCGGAGGCGCUUGUUGAGCGGCUCACGGGGUCUUCGGCGGCGGCGAGUACGGAGCUUAUCAAGACAGUGCAGAAUCCGGUCAUGGUUGAGGCUCUGGCAGAUGCGUUUGCGGCGAGCUUGCGGAAUGUCUGGAUCAUGUACACCUGUAUGGCGGGGAUUGCGGCGGUGGCGAGCGUGUUGAUUCGCAAUAGGCCGUUGAGCGUGGAGCAUACGGAGACAAAGACGGGACUUAAGCAGGAAUGA